UCAUUUGCAUAUUCGUGUUUUCAUUGGCUGAGGCCGGUGAAGGAAUGACGCCUUUAUAGCUGCUGUAAUCAAUUUUGAUGACAUCAUUCUGCACUUCUCAUCAGAUUUUCUGUCUAAUCAGAUGAUGUUUCGAAUCUGAAGAGUCCUUACGUCACGUUGGAACGACUACGGAAAACCAGCUAUUCUCCCGUAGUCGACGGUUACGGUAGAACAUCACGAAGUAACAGUUAAAGUCGUGCAUGUGCAAUACGUCUGCGAAACACUAUCGGCUAUUUAAAAGGAGGGCGGAGCCAGUCUACGUCCCGCCCCGACUUCCUGUUUGAAUGGAAAUUGCGUCAACACAUGAAAUAAUGGGUAACGCUGCACGUUUCAAGGCACUUCACGGGGACUUUAUAGUAACUGUAAAUGGGUAGAAAGGAUAACGUGUCGUCGUUUGAUCGAUUUAAUUAAAAAAAAAAAGAAUGUUGGAAAACUGCUGUGGUGUAAGAGGAAUAAAACACUUCAGAUUGUACCGUUCGAGGAAAGCGGUCACCUUCAGGAUGGAUCGGAUCACUUCACGAUGGCUUCGAUUAUUUACGCGCCCAAGUGUUUUAUUGCUUUCAUGUACAGAAGUGUGAAAAGUGGGGGGUUUUUUUUUUGCACGUUUUUUUUUUCCUUCCGAUUUGCAGUCACCCUUAGGAAAAACAAGUCCGUACGGUGAAUUCAUACAAUCACGUAUAUGUUUAAAGGAAACCUUAACGAUCUCAAUGAAUUGAAACUGAAAUUCACACCACGGUUCAGAUCUGUGACUACUACUUCCUUCACGCUAAUUUUCUUUUUUUUUUUUUUCUUUUCUUGUUUUCAGCUGUCUUGAGAGGCCAGCUCGUCUUCAUCUCAGACGUCACGCUAACAAACACGAGUCGAAAUGUUUGACGACUUCUUCCAUCAAAUCGAAACAGAGCUCGGGCCACUAAACUCGGACUGGUUUGAGGAGUUGACUGUGAGAGCCUCCGAAAAUGGACGUGAUGACUCCACCGUCGUUGAACACGACGCCUCGGCACAUAAGGACAACGCCGUUUUCAGCGCUCCGGCUAAGACGCCGGUCUCGGACAGUCAGAUGUGUUCAACACCCAGAAUAUUUAGGUGUAGAAGACCACGUCCUGCUGCGUCAGGUCUCGAAGAAUCUCCCGAUUCAGGGCUGCAGAACUUGUUUCCUGUUCCACCCGGUGCAGAAUCAAGCCCGUGUCUGUUCGGCUUAGCUAAAGACAGCCAGCGGUUUGAGAAAGACUGGGGAUCACUAAAGACAAGCGCAUGCUUGGAUCUACUUGACACACCGACGGGAUUAACAACACAAGCGUCGUCCGCACAGCGCAUCUGCGAGAGCCUCGGAGCUCAGUUAAAUCCUGAUCUAUCUUGGAGCAGUUCCUUUAACACACCAUCAGCGUUGACCCCCACGGUUAUUUUGUCCAAAACGGAAGGCCAGUCUUCACCAGGAAGUUUUCUCAGGGACAAAGAAGUCAUUAUUGUACGAAAGCUGUUUCCGUCACUCUCAAAAGGCACGGAAUCAACAUCCGCAUGUACAUCCAAUGCACAACACAACGACACACUAACAGACGGGAAUGUCCAGGCAGAAGAGCAAAAAUCUGAUUCAUCCUCUGACAAUAUAGAAGGCAUUUGGAAGCAGACGGUACCGGACGCGAUAAAGGACGACAACGUGCGGAACACAGUGGAGAGGGUGCUUAACGGCGCCGAGGACGUGCUGUCCUUCUUGUUCACCAACAGCAGCUCAGCCCUGCGAAGGGUUAAAACCAUGGAAAGAAAAAAGAGAGUGAACGGCGUCUCUAAGGACGUAAAGUCAAAUCCUAUGACGCUAGAUUGCGCUACAGGUUGUAUAUCGGCAUCGAAGCCAGACACCGUCACAGCUGUCGCAAGUUUAAAGUCCCCUUUAUUUUCAAAUCAGCUUAAUAAUAAUAAUAAGGAUUUCACACAGUGGACUCCUCUGAGUUUAUCCGACGUCCCAGACUCUAAGUGUAUCUCUGAACUAUCAAGUAAACACACGAGUCCUCAUGUAGACUCCUUACGACAGAGGUUCUCUCCCGAUUCGUGCCACGAGAAGUCUCAAGGGCGAAGUUGUUUAUCGGACUCGUCUCCAGGACUUACCUUCUCGAGAAAACCCAGGAAGUUCGUGUAUCGAGUGCAAAAUUCGGAAAGUAAGAGAACGCCCAGCGUCACUGGUACGAGUUUUCUCGAGCGGGAUCAUCCUGCGAGUCUUAACAUGGAUCAUGACCUUGAUACGACCCAGCUUUGCCAAGCGUUCGCAGAGGAUUUCAGUCAGGAAGCGAACGUGUUAAACUCACCACCCAGAAGUGCACAGAGCAGCCACGACGGUGUCUUAACGCCGGCUUGCGCAGCAAUAGAAAUGAGCGAAGUGCGGCGUGAAACAGAAUCUGUGGUACGUUGUGAAGGCCUUGCCGAGCACCAGGAAGCAGAAAUAAUCCGUUUAACAAACACACCAUCUGUCGAGAGCACAAACCGUGACAGUGGCUAUCCGACAGUUUGUUCUGGUUUUAGCCUGGAAACUCCGCCACCUAGUGACACUGAACAUAUUCAUUCCGGUUUUAAAACAGCAAAUAAUAAGAUUAUCGCAAUACCUCUUGAAGCUGUAAUGAAAGCUAAAGCAGCAUUAGACGAAUCCGUAGAGCACACGACAUGUACGGGCGCUUCAAGUGUAACCGAAGCAAUGAAAGCAGGUACAAAACAGUACAAAUCUUACAAACCUGUUACAGCAAACGCUGCCCGAGAGAAAUCGCUUUCGGGAAGCUAUCACCGUGGAUACGGUGAAGCCGGAAGAGAGACCUCUGACGGAAGCGUUUCAAGGUCCGAGGCAGCCGCAGAGAAUGUUCCUAGCACGUUCAUGUGCCAAACAAACGAAUCUGGCUUCAACACGGCAUCUAACAAAAGUAUCACAGUCUCACGUGCGAACCUCGAGAAAGCCAAAGACGUGUCCACGGAGUCGGAUGAAGAGACGUUUGAUCCGUGUCCGUCAAAUAACGAGCUGCAGGUCUGCGAUGUAAAAGAUGCCAGGCCGUCUAAACCUUCACGACGUUCCACUGGUGACGACCACGGCGGUUCGUCUUUGACCGCUUCGCAAAGAGCGGACGUGACGGAGCUGUGCAUCAUGUUGGAAGAGACCGGCAGCCAGGAUGAGUUUACACAGUUUAAACCCACAAAGAUUGGCUCAAAGUGUCCAGAUAGCAUGCCGUUUGAGAGAGAGUGGGAUCCUGAGCUACUCGCUGGUAUUGACUUUGAUGAUAGUUUUAACUGCGAUUUAACUGUGAAGCAGGUGUCAAACAAACAUCAGCCCAAGGACGUGCGUCAGACAUCAGACAUGCCUGCUUCGGUCCCAAACAGUCUGACGAACGGAGACGUGGCUGUUCAAAGUAUAAACGCUAGGAAGUCAUGCCGUGUUCCAUGGGAAAUGCCAAAUAUGGCCGAUGAGAGUCUGCAAGAAAAGUCUUUUUGUUCUGGCUUUAAAACUGCAAAGGGAAAUGCUGUGACCGUCUCGGAGAAAUGUCUGAGCAAGGCAAGAAGCCUUUUUGCAGAUAUAGAGUCCACCGAAGGACACUUUGGUCUCCAGAGUGACUGCAAAGCAGAUCUGGUUAAACAAAAGGAAAGACAGUCAAGUGACCACCAGGACAUUGCCAUGGAAUCUGUGCUUGAACUAAAGCCAAGGUCAAAUCUGUGUAACGGAGACGCAAGCUCGAUAACGAAAGACGCUGAAACGUGCGAACAAACGUGUAGCGAAGCAAAUCUGGAAACACAAGGAACUGUAGUAGAGAAACCAGAUUUAAUGGGCAACUUUGGAUUUACUACUGCUGCAGGAAAGGAAGUAAAGGUCUCAGAAAAAGCUCUUCAAAAUGCAAAGAAACUCCUAAACGAAUUUGCAAAGGACAAAGAAACCAAGCACGAUAAUUCCCCCGCAAAAACCAAAGCCACCACUUGGACUUCAGUCCAAAAUUCUUCUAACGUGUUGGAAGAUGUACUUCAUGAUCCAAAGACGUCUGAUGGAUCUUUACCAAAAGGUGGGAAAGAACACCCUUUUGAAAACAGCCCUGAGAUAAAACAGGCAACGAGUCCUCCGAGUCCUCGGUCCGUGGACGGUAACGGGUUUAAAACGGCCAGCGACAAAGGAGCGUCUGUCUCGGCGAGCGCGAUUCAGAAAUCAAAACCCAUUUUCAAAGAUCUCGAUGACAGCCCGAGAAGCCCGGAUGAAACCAAGUCAACGGAAGAGAAUACAAAACCGGACGUCGAAGGAGAUGCAGGCCAGCACGCGUUUGUUGGCGGAUUCAAGAUGGCAAGUGGUAAAGGAGUGAGCUUUUCUGAAAAAGCGUUUAUGAAAGCCAAGACGUUCUUUCAAAAUCGUGAUCCUGAUCGCAUGGAUAUUUCUCAAGUAAAAGGAGACGACACAAGUGUGAUGGAUGACUGUGGCUUCGAGGCGGUUGCGGGAAACGCGGUGCGCUUGCCAGGAAUAGACAGUCUGAACAAAGAGACGUUAAAGAAAGACUCCACAGAUUUGAAUAAAUAUGUCCAAAGGAAAUUCACUAAAACCUCCACUGAGACUCUUCAAGCACCAUCUGGCUGUGGUUUCAGUACAGCAAGUGGUGCUGUGGUGUCCGUUUCAGCCGAAGCACUUCAGAGAGUUAAAGCUAUGUUCGAUUAUUCAAAUGCUGCUUCACCUGGUGAAAGGAGAUUGGAAAUAUCAGAAGAGAAGAAUACUUCCAGAAACGAGACGGGAAAAACCUGCGGCUUUACUACUGCGAGUGGAAGGAAAGUUGCCAUUUCUGAGAAAGCCCUCCAGAAAGCAAAGAGUCUUUUUACUGACUGUGAUGUGGAUGGAUUCGGACCUGAUCCCUGUAAUUCAUCAGCUGCAAAGACAUCAGCAGCAAGUCCUGAGCGUACAAGAUUACCUUUCAACACUGCCAGUAAGAAGCACAUUGCACUGUCAGAAAGGGAGCUGAAUAAAAGUAAAGACGAGUUUGUUAGUUGUGACGACGUUUCAGUCGAGAACCCGUUAACCAUACAGACCAGGCAACGCGAUAGCCGUAAUCGCGAAGCUUUGAGUAAUACGACGGAAAGCGUUCCAGCUAACGCUGGAAAAUCUGCAGGGAGAUACGAGAACACGAUGAACGGAGGCCCAAAGGCUGAUCGCUUAGGAUCAGGAACUUGUGGUUUUAGCACAGCCAGCGGAAAAGGCGUUAGCGUGUCGGAAUCGGCCCUCGCGGUAGCUUUUGAGAUGUUUAGAGAUUGUGAUGCACAAUCAGUUCCUAACGGACAGUGCAAAGUUACCAGUGGAGGUCCGUUUGCAAAUAUUGACAAAACAGCGGCUGUGCCAAACACCAAAGCCACCAGUCCAUCUCUCCCAUCACAGGCCACACGGGAUAAUCCUUCCCUGCUGAGCCGCCAUUCUUUAAAUCUCGAUGGAUGCACUGUAACCCAGCGAAAAUAUUUCGAGCAAGAAGCGAUGGCUUGCACUAAAGCACUUUUAGAGGAUGAGCUCAACGAGGACGGUUUGUCGAGUAGCUCGGACAGUGGCAUUAGGCAAAGGCCUCCCGUGCUUCAGGAGGGAUGCUUGGAGGUGAACGCAGGAAUACGAAAACGGACCUCAGAUGACAAGAGUUUGACAGGUCAACCCCCUUUGAAGAGAAGACUUGUGUCAGAGUUCGACCGGAUCUCGGAAGACAGGACAGCCUGCGCUCCAGUGAAAAGCAGCCCCAAUGGCACACUGAGAGACAGAAGAGUCUCCACAUACAACUUCAAGCCCAAUAUCACUUAUCCAUCCAGGAAUGUUGUGGACCAAACCUCAGCCGACCCAGAUCACCAGAAAAGGAGACCGUCAGACUCCAAGGCUCCAGUGUUUAUGCCCCCAUUUCGAAAAAAUCUUCAGGUUGAGAUGCCUAAAAACUGUGUUCCUACAGCUGUGGCCCAGGUUCCCAGUGUGUUUGUUCCUCCCAUUAAAAAGAAAGAUGCGUCAGGUAGCGUUUGUGUGAAGGUUAAGGCUUCACCGCAGAUUUCUGGCGAUUCCGCAGCAAUCACAAGCUCUAGUUGUGAAAUCGGCAGGAAUCACUCGGUCGGGAAAGCAGAGGACGGGAAAGCCGCGGCGGAAACCGAGAGAGAGGGGAUGUUGGAGAAUCACACCACUGAUCCUUGUGAAACGAAAGUUAUUUGGCAGCACUCCUUGGAGUUAGCGCAAGACGUGCAGAACAUGAGAAUCAGAAAAAAGACGCGCCAGAGAGUUCGACCUCUGCCUGGCACGUUUUAUCUGGCUAAGACGUCCGGGGUGAGCAGAGUUUCCCUGAAAGAGGCUGUAGGAUACAAGUGUCCUGAGCUACACACGGUAGAACAGCUCUAUCAGCAUGGUGUAUCCUUCAAAGUGUCCCAGACAACCAGCGAGAAUGCCGAGUCGUUCCGAUUCAGCUGCGAUGAGUUUUUCAGACGUGAGGCUCUCGAAGAGAGUGGAGGGGUUCAGCUGGCUGAUGGAGGGUGGCUGAUUCCAGAUCACAGGGGAAUGCUGGGUAAAGAGGAGUUCUACAGAGCCUUGUGUGAUACUCCUGGUGUCGACCCCAAACUGAUCAGUGAAGCAUGGGUGUAUAACCACUAUCGGUGGGUCGUGUGGAAACAAGCCUCCAUGGAAAGAGCCUUCCCUGAAGUGAUGGGUGGUCGGUGUCUCACUCCAGAGCAGGUGCUCCUGCAGCUCAAACUCAGGUACGACGUUGAGGUGGACCACAGUCGAAGAUCAGCCCUGAAGAAGAUUACGGAGAGAGACGACACCCCAGCCAAGACCAUAGUGCUCUGUGUGUGUGGAAUCGCCAAACGCGAACACAGUCCAGUCAGGUCAGAGGAGGCCACCGACCCCGCACGUCCAAAGCCCGAGUCGCCUGCUGCGGUCGUUUGGCUUACCGACGGCUGGUAUUCCAUUAAAGCGCUGCUGGAUGCUCCUCUGUCUGCCAUGCUGCGAAAGGGCCGUCUCAGAGCGGGCGUGAAACUUUUGAUCCACGGAGCAGAGCUGAUCGGCUCUCAGGACGCCUGUCCUCCUCUAGAGGCUCCCGAUUCACUCAUGCUCAAGAUUUCGGCCAACAGUACGAGACGAGCUCGCUGGGACACCAAGCUUGGCUUCCAUAAAGACCCUCGACCCUUUCCUCUGUUGCUUUCAUCACUGUAUGCUAAUGGAGGAGUGGUGAGCUGUGUGGACAUCAUCGUGUUGCGGAUUUACCCAGCGCAGUGGAUGGAGAAGAAGCCAGGUCCGGUCUUUGUGUUUCGCAACGAGCGAGCCGAAGACAGAGAGGCUGCACGCUACAACAGCACCAAACAGAAGACCAUGGAGCUCCUGUUCUCCAAAAUACAAGCCCAGAUUGAGAAAGAGGAAGAAGAAAAGAAGAAAACCUGGAGAUGCAGAAGUUUUAGUCUCCAUGAGAUUAAGAACCUGCAGGAAGGGGAGGAGCUUCAUGAAGCAAUGGAGAGUGAUCCAGCUUUUGUUGAGCCCCAUUUAAGCUCAGAACAGGUGAGAGCUGUGAGUAGCUACAGACGAGCGUUAACCGAAAGGAAGAGAGCUGAGCUACAGGAUCGGGUGCACAAGGCUACGCAGGAGGCCGAGGGGGGCUGCGCUAACCGCGACGUUACUCCCGUCUGGAAACUCUCCAUCGCUGACUCGAAUGAUUUGUACAGCAGCUGUGUAUACACACUGAAUAUCUGGCGGCCCUCGGCGGAGUUGCGCUCCGUACUGAGAGAGGGCUGCAGAUACAAGGCUUAUCAUCUGGCCACAUCGGAGACCAAGAAACACUCCGGAACGUCCAACAUCCAGUUCACCGCCACCAAGAAAACCCAGUUUAAGGACAUUGAGGUUUGCCCAGAAUGGUUAAGUCUGCAUUUUCCUGCAAGACAAUCAGCGAAAUUCAGAGAUCUCCAGAGCCCCGGAUUCAGCUCUCCAUGUGGAGAAGUCGACAUCGUGGGAUAUGUGAUCUCCAUCUUGGACAGACAAGGUACGUCUCCUGUGUUGUACUUUGUGGAUGAAAAGUUUGACUUUGUCUCCGUGAGGCUCUGCAGCAGCCUGGCUCUUCUCGCUCUGGAGGACCUGGUAAAGCCAUUAGCUCUACUGACUGUAAGCAACCUGCAGCUCCGACAGCAGUCUGGCCCACUCCCCAGCCUUUAUGCUGGAGAACAAGCACUGUUCUCUACAAACCCUAAAGAAGCCCACUUACAGGAAGCUGUUUCUCGUCUGAAGACGUUUGCUGAGGAUUAUGAGCAUUUCUUCAUAGUUGCUGAAGAGAAGCUCUCGAACCUGAUUCCAGAAGGUUUCUCGAACUCUCGCGAGUCCCAAAGAACUCCAGGUUUACCAUCCGGGCCAAAACCAAGCGUCAGAAAUAACGUUACACCCCUUCAGACAAGCCGAGUUUUCUCCCCUUUCACCCCAGUGACCAAAAGAACCCCUGUAGCAACUGGAAACUCGGACACCAAGGACCCCAAGAGUGUGAAAAGGAAGCGUGGUAUUGAAUACCUGUCGCGCCUCCAAAACCCAGCACCCACCCUCGUUCCUCUGGGAAUGGUCCGUUCUCCCAGAGUCAGCAAGACCUUUAACCCUCCCAGGAGGUGCGAGACUCCUCGUAAUCCCCAGACAGUUCUAACUCCACCAGCACAGAACAAGCAGUGGGUGAACGAUGAGGAACUGGCCAUGAUAAACACACAAACACUACUAAAGAGGUAGUUGAUGCAGGAAUGGCAGCAGGAAGAUGCUGUUCCUGUGUUGUGGCCAUUUUGUUUGUAUAUAGUCCAUAUAUGGUCCAUAUAUUUCUACUAAAUACUGUGUACUACUGAGAUGACUUGAAUAUUGCACAAGAGAUGUUCUCUGUAAUCUUAUUACUGUGUCGUUUUGCCAGUUUCUUAAAAAAAAAAAAAAUAAUAAUAAUAAAUGUUCAUUUAUUUUUUUAAGUAUGUUUAUCGUUCAACCCCUGGGGAAACUUGUGAAGCAGCCUUGCGUUGGAGUUUUAAUUGAAUUAUUCACAUUUGGUGCUACUACCAUGAUUGAAACACUAGGGGGCAGCAAAACCUAUGCAUUCGUCUCUGGACCUCACACGGUAGGUAGUUCAAUUAAUAACAAAUUGUCAUGACGAAUCAUUUACCUGUUCAGACUAGUGAAUCGGACGCUGUACUUAUGUAUGUUUUUAGUGAAAAUGAAAUGAAUGAAUAUAGAUUCGCUUCGAUGUGGAUGCUUUUGUGCUGUCGGUGUUUUGCCAAGCCAAAUAGUGCCAAGAUAGAUGUGGAAGUGUUAUCUAGGGGGGGGUGGAAAUGUUGGGUAUUCAAACAUAUUUAGCUUAGUACAAAGAAUAAAAUAAAUAAAUACAGAAUCUACACUACAGCAGCCUUUGCUCUAUAUAGCAAUGUGUUCCUUUUUUUUUUUUUUUUUUCCAGGAUUGAGGAACAGCCCCAUAAUCUACUGCCUCUGCAAAAACGGUCUUCGAAAACCGCAGGCAUGUCAGUUCGAAGUCCACAGUCUCAGUUAACAGCCACCAUUGGCCUCUCUCCGCAGUUGUUCAGUUUAGCAUCUGUUAUCUCAUUUUAGAGAAAAUGACAUUCUAUUCUAAGUAGUGUAUUGCUUGGUUAUAAGGAAAGAAGAAGGAGAGGUAAAAAAAAAAAAAAAAAACACUCUACAUUUGUAAUGAAUGAUCGCAUCCUCUACAUUCCAAAGUUGACUUGGCUGAAAUGUCUGCCUGAGAUCAGCUCUGAAAAUACUUGUGACCGCUAAUGAGAAAGUACUGCAGUUUUUUUGUUGUUGUUUUUUUUUUUUGUUGUUUUUUGGAAGAUCCCUUGAAAUGUGUGUGGUUUUGUUUUUUUUUUUUUUGGUUUUUUUUUUUUUAAAUUUGGAAGUAUUACUAGUCAGAUUCAGACAGUGACCAUGAAAUGAGGCAUGUAGGACAGAUUUGUUAUUUUCAGUUUUUCAAUAUUUCAACGGUUAAUGUUGCGUGUCUCUCCACUAAAAAUUUCAGAGGUCGUUUCAUCAGCCUCUCUCCUGUGAGCCAAUAGAAACCGAGUGGGUGGGACUUUGGGGUUUUUUUCCGGUAAAUUCAUUAUUAAGUAGCAUUAAAUAAUAAUAAUAAUAAUAAUAGCAAUAGCUGUCCUGUCCACCAACAUGCACUAGGGUUUUUUGAGGUAAAAUAUCUAUAUAUUUUUUUUUAAUGAAUGUAAAUGAUUAGGUUAAUCACAUGGACUUUCCUGCAACGUCUGAGUCAUUUCAAGCUGCAGGUUUUAAAGGCGUUUUUUUAUCAAAACACCUUUCCUAAGAUAGCUUGCACAAUAGAGAACAGACUAAUAACACCCUUUGGAAUUUCAUCUCAAAUCUCACUCAGCAUAGGAGCCCUCAAAAAAUAUAAAACCCUAACAGACUUACAAAAAGCACUUUAUUUAUUUAUUUAGUUAUUUAUUUAUUUUUAUUCCUCUUUAAGCUGCUUUAAUCAAUGCACUUAGUCUACCACUGACUGUUCACUCCUGUGGUUCUGCUGAAUGAAUCUGAAAUGUUAAAAUGAGCCAGUUGCCAGACACUCCCCCUGGUUGCCUUAUCCGCUGUGCAACCCCACUGUGCGGAAUUAAGACUGUCGCUUGGCUAUCGUGAAACCCUGCCAGAACCCGAAACUGUGAUUUAAGUUUGGUUUCUUAUCUAAUAAUUGCCCGAGCACUUAACAGCAGCCAUAAAACUGUUAUAAAAUACAGGCCUGAUUCAUUCACCCUAAAGAACAAAGCAAGUGGGAUUAAAAUGUGAGUCUGAGACAUAAAGCCAUGAAGUUUAUACUGUUGGAGGAAAAAAAAAAAAAAAUAGUUUACAAGUCAAUGAUGGUAAUUGCAGCAUUGCUCUGUUUUUAAUACGACUAUUUUAUCAUAAAAAAUGACUAAUGUAACUAUGGCGAUGGAAUAUCUGUUCAGUAUGUAAGGACGUAAAAAUUUUCUGCCACAUAAUAACUAACUGUUAGUAAUAUCUUCCUGAUGACUUCCUGCACGUCAUUUGAUGAUUCGCCAUCUUGGAUUUGACUGCUGCCUAAAUCAAUCGCUCUCGUUUUUAAAGAUAAAGCUCUUGCAUUUGCUUUUGAUUAAGCCUCCAUUUCGCUCUGUGCUCUUGACCUUGCACAGGCUCUGUUUACACUGGAGUACAGGGGCUGGCUGCUUACACUCCCUCUCUUUAUUUAAUUUCAAUCGCUCCCCAGUCGACUCGCCGUUGUACCACUUCCUCUCCGGGUUUUGCGUGCGUUCAGUGAAAAUGAGCUUCACAGACAGUUGACCUUGUAGAUCCACCACCUGAGGUCUGGCACAGCAGAGCCUGCAGAAUGACCCAUGAACUGACCCUGCUGUAAAUCUUUUUGCUUUCUCAUUUUUCAACCCCCAAAAUUCAUUAAUCUCAUAACCAUACAUGAAGAACAGGGUUGGGAAA